AUGCUGCCCGAGCCUUCCUUUACGCUAACAAUCCCCAGCAUCCACGACGGCACGGCGCUGGAUUGUCGAGUCUAUCACCCAGCCUCAUUGUUUGCAGGCGCGCGCAGCUCACAGCACGGAGCGGCGCCUUGGAAACGACAUGCGGCUGUUUUUGCACAUCCGUAUGCUCCGCUGGGCGGGAGCUUUGACGAUGGACUGGUAGACAUUGUGGCAUCGCAGCUGCUUCGCAAGGGGUAUCUGCUGGGGACGUUCAAUUUCAGAGGUGCUGGGCAAUCUGGUGGACGGACAUCGUGGACGGCUAAGCCGGAACGCGACGACUACAUCAGCUUCGUUGGCUUCAUGGCGCAUUACGUUCAUCGCCUCGUGUCGUCUGGCGUAACUGAGCAACAGGCAACGUCAGUUAGCCAGCGUCCUGUCUUGCUUAUGGCGGGCUACUCGUAUGGAGCCAUGAUAACGACACAAUUGCCGCCUCUUAAUGAGCUUCUGGAACGCUUUGCCUCUCCGGACAGUGGAUCCAACGCUGCUCAGAUUCGACUGCGGGCUGAGAGUUGGGCUGAGAAGCAGAGCCAAGCUCUACAGGAAGCUCGCGGUGCCACCACAGGCGGACAACAAAAACCCCACGGAACCACGAGCAAGUCAGCUAGUUCACAGGUGCCGGCAAAUGGCAAACUUUCGCCGGUAAACGGCUUCACCAUACCCCAGCCAGCCUAUCUGCUCGUGUCUCCACUGCAGGGCCUCGUUACGCAUCUUGCCACCAUGUCCUUGGUGCCGUCGGUAUUCGCGAGGCGAAGUCCCCCUCCGGACGAUGAAGCUGAGACUAAGCUGGUGCGAAAUCCCACUCUGGCCGUCUUCGGAGAUGGUGACAUCUUUGUCCCUGUGGGCAAGCUGCGUUCCUGGGUGGCUCGGCUGAGUUCGCAGCACGCAUCACAGUUUCGUGGACACGAAAUUGCGUCGGCUGGGCAUUUUUGGGCUGAAGAGGGAGUGUUGUAUUCCAUGCUAGAUUUGGUUUGUGAUUUUGCGGGUAAGCUGUACGACAGCAAUUAG